GUGUGUGUGUGUGUGCAGGUGGCCCGCGAGGCCCACUUCUCAGGCCAGAGCUACCUGGACAUCGACCACAGUGACAUCCCGGGCCUCAGGGACAACUUCUAUGCCGGCUUCGGCUUCCGCACCCAGCAGAAGGCCGGACUCAUGCUGUACCACCAGGCCAAGGACGGGGUGUGCCAGGUGUUCCUGGAUAAGGGUCACGUGGUAGUGAGGGCGGGGAACAGCGAGGUCAGGUCCCAGACGGCCCUGAACGACGACAACAGUCACUACGUGGCUCUGUACAGCAACAGCAACGGGAUGCGCCUGUAUGUGGACGAUUCUCUGGUGAAGGCGGGCGACGGAGGCCGUGCCGCGGGCAACGGGCCCUCCGUCUCCGCGGCGACGUCCGGCAGCUUCUACCUCGGGGGAACGCCCGACCAGUCCACCAGCAACCUGACGGGCUGCAUCAGCAACCUGUUCAUCAAGAGUAUGUCGGAGUCCCAGGGCGUGCAGAACAUGCUGAAGGUGAAGGAGAACGUCAACGUUCCUCUGGACUGCCCCGCAGCCCAGAAGCCGCAGUCCAUCGUGGCUGCUGCCCCCAAAGCAAGGAACAAGCAGGGUAAGAACAAGAAGCCAGCAGGCUCUCGGAGCCGCAGUACCAGGGAGUCCUGCCAGGGGGAGCCGUCGCCCCCGGAGACUGGAGCCACACACUUCAGUGGCUCCGCCCACAGCCACCAGAGACACGACAACCUGCCGCGCGAGUUCAGCAAGAGUCCCCACAUCUCUCUGGGCGUGAGGAUCAACUCGUCCGAAGGCCUCGUUCUCCGCACUACCCAGCAGGGGGGCGGGGCUGUGAUGUCACUGAGGGUGUCAGAGGGACACCUGGUCCUAUUGGUGGAGGGAGGCAAGCGGAAGGCCAGCCUCCGCAGCCGCAGGAAGUACAGCGACAACCAGUGGCACACGGUCUUCAUAAAGCGGGAUGGAGAUAAGAUCAGCCUGGUGGUGGAUGGGAUCAACGCGCUGUCCAAGAAGCUUCCAGGAGGGGACAAGUUCCGGCUCUCUGGGCCCCUGUACGUCGGAGGGGCCCCUCUCGCCCUGCUGGCCCCUGGAGCCGGAGGGAUGGUGGGCUGUGUUCGAGGGCUGAAGCUGAACGAGGUGCCUGCGGGGACCCCCUCCCACAGCCAGGGGGCAGCACCCUGCUUCCUCAGCCUGCUGCACCCUGGGGCCUACUUCUCCAGAGAGGGAGGACACAUCGCCAUAGACGACUCGGUGGUCCUGGGCAAGGACUUUGAGGUCCGGCUGGAGAUCAGGGCUCGCUCGGACUCUGGGCUGCUGUUGCAUGCUGGGACGUCAGAGCACUUCUUCAACGUGGUGCUGAACCAGGGAGAGGUGACCGUGACAUUAAACAGUGGUAGUGGAGUGUUCUCCACCCCCCUCACUCCAGAAGUGUCAAUCUGUGACGGACACUGGCACACCUUGAGCGUGAUGAAGAGAAGCAGCGUUCUGCAGAUCCAGGUGGACGGAGUCAGUCAAAGUAGCAUCGGGCCCAAAGCCAGUCGCUCAGCAGGGGGCAAACUCACCCUCUACCUUGGGGGCGCACCUGAUGGUGCUGUGGUGCCAGGCCUACCCGCUGGCCUGCCCUCCUUCCACGGCUGCGUCCGCAAAGCCAGCCUCAACCAGCGGGCGGUCCCCCUGAACAAGCCUCUGGCCCUGCACGGAGCCGUGGGCACCCAGGGGUGCCCCCACGAUUAGGGAACACACACACACACACACACGCACGCUCAUUGUCACAAAUAAUCUCACAUACACUCUCAUGCACACCCAAUUGGUAAAGUAAACAAGCACUCCACCUUAAAAAUGAAUAAAUACAAACAUAAAUACAUGAAUGGAGAAACACACCUGGUGCAAAGGUUCUACCUGUAUAAGACCUCCGACCCGAACACUCACACCUCUUCUGUCCUCACAUUCCCCGAUGACGGCCUCAUAUGUUACUGUAGCUAAUUUAAAAACAGAAAUAUUUAUUUUUUACUUUGCGGAAAAAAAAGUUAUAUUUUUUACUCGAUUGCGUGUCUUUAUCUCAAUAUUCCUGUGUUGUGUGCUCUUAGCUACAGGGACCUAUGAGAAACCACCGUUAGAGUCAGAGGUAUGGAGAGGUUAUGUAGAAACUCUAACACUGGUGCUGAAACUGCGCAGUUGACCACUUGUUACUUUGGCGACGCCUACAGGUCAAUCACAGUACAACAUGCAAAAUUCAUUCAACUGUAUUGGUGCUAAUUGUCCAAAUGUUUUAUCUCGCGUUCAUGAAAGAGAUAAAGAAGAGAAUGCAGAUUACCUCUGAAACAGUAGCUUGAUGAGGCAACAUUUCCUUCAGGGAGAGCUAUAAGUUAGCUAAGCUAGCCUCCUGGUAAUUGGUGAAGAACAGCUGAUUAUUCAGGUUAUGAAAACAAACUGUCACGUUGAACUUUGACCACACAAUUUCUACCUUGUUUGUCAUUCAUGGAAGUCUUAAAAUAUUCACCUCAUUCCUCAGAAAACUGUUUCUCAAAUUAAUCGACAGUUUGUUUUUAAGCUGGAAAUUCUUAGCGCACAUAUUGAGUUAUCGAGAUCUCUCUAUAUAUAUAUAUAUCCAUCACCCUGUUUAAAUAUGAACUACAAUGUUGAACGAUGGCGGAGGAAUUUCACAGCAUAUUGUAACAUUAACGAUUCUACUUUGAAUACAAUUGUUUGAAUCCCUAGUUUCCAAAAUGUGUCCAUUUAAAACAAUAGUUACGUAUGUAACUACGGUUCUAUGAAUUCCGGAUGACCGCCAGAGGCGGUGCUAAAGCACUGCCUCUGGCGGUCAGUAGGAAUGAAAUAGAACGAUUAUCUAACUUUCGAGAAGACCUGAACGUGUUUUGUAUUUGAUUUUAUGAUUUGAACCGUAAUCUCCUCCGAGUCCAUCAUUGCCAGAUUAAAUAUGAAAUGUAUUCCCCUCACAUACACGUAUCCAAUAAAACAUUCAUACCAA